GGGGCGGGGCCGGCAGGAGUAGGAGGGGUCGGGGCCGACUCAGAGGACCCGCCGGCUACUUGGUUCUGUCCCAGGUGGAGGUGGCCUGAGGCACUUGGUUCCCUCUGCUCGCGUAGCUCUGGCGGAGUCUGCGCGAUGGGAGACGCGGAAAGGCCGGAAGCGUCCAGGCCCCAGCAGGAGGAGAGGUUAUCUUCAGAUACCAACGAAAAUGAAGCAAAGUCAAAUGAAGAGCCACUCCUAAGAAAAAGUUCUCGCCGAUUUGUCAUCUUUCCAAUCCAGUACCCUGACAUUUGGAAAAUGUAUAAACAGGCACAGGCCUCCUUCUGGACAGCAGAAGAGGUUGAUUUAUCAAAGGAUCUCCCUCACUGGAACAAGCUUAAAUCAGAAGAGAAGUAUUUUAUCUCUCACAUCUUAGCCUUUUUUGCAGCCAGUGACGGAAUUGUGAAUGAAAAUUUGGUGGAGCGCUUUAGUCAGGAGGUGCAGGUUCCAGAGGCUCGCUGUUUCUAUGGCUUUCAAAUUCUCAUCGAAAAUGUUCACUCAGAGAUGUACAGUUUGCUAAUAGACACUUACAUCAGAGAUCCUAAGAAAAGGGAAUUUUUAUUUAAUGCAAUUGAAACAAUGCCAUAUGUUAAGAAAAAAGCAGAUUGGGCCUUGCGAUGGAUAGCAGAUAGAAAAUCUACUUUUGGGGAAAGGGUGGUGGCCUUUGCUGCUGUAGAAGGAAUUUUCUUCUCGGGAUCUUUUGCUGCUAUAUUCUGGCUAAAGAAAAGAGGACUUAUGCCUGGACUUACUUUUUCCAAUGAACUCAUCAGCAGAGAUGAAGGGCUUCACUGUGACUUUGCUUGCCUGAUGUUUCAAUACUUAGUAAAUAAGCCUUCAGAAGAAAGGGUUAGGGAGAUCAUUGUUAAUGCUGUUGAAAUUGAGCAGGAGUUUUUAACAGAAGCCUUGCCAGUUGGCCUCAUCGGAAUGAAUUGUGUUUUGAUGAAACAGUAUAUUGAAUUUGUAGCUGACAGAUUGCUUUCAGAACUUGGAUUCUCAAAGGUUUUUCAAGCAGAAAAUCCCUUUGAUUUUAUGGAAAACAUUUCUUUAGAGGGGAAAACAAAUUUCUUUGAGAAACGAGUUUCAGAGUAUCAACGUUUUGCAGUCAUGGCGGAAACUACAGAUAAUGUCUUCACCUUAGAUGCAGAUUUUUAAAACCCUCCCCAUACAUAUCUAAACUUAUCAUUGGUAAAUAGCAGUCUAUUUUUCUCUGCUUAAAAAAAAAAAAAAAACC